CAUAGCGAUUUGAUUUCCAUGGUCAUUUCGGAUGGUGGGAGAGCAUGACAGGUCACAUGUCCAACUCUUCUCCUGUCAUGUGUCCUGCUCUCAAUAUUUAAACCAGUGAAACACCCAAAAUGAAACACUUUACAAGAUGCUACGGUUAACAUGGAGUGCUGUCACUCUGAUGUACCUGUUGGUUUGGCACGGUGCGUGUGCCUGGAACGUGUCGCUACAAUGCAAGGAGGACACAACAGCAUUCCUUAUGGAAUUACAGAAAGAUUCUCCAAGCAAAUAUGCAGUCUUGAUGUACGAUGCAUUUGGUAAGAUUGGCAGUGAUGUUGAAGGAGGGAACGUGAACAGACCUGGGUCUCUGAGAGAGUGUCUGUCUGUGGAGGGCCCAGAGUUCAGGGGACAGUACUGCCAGGUGUUCCUCAAACAGGACAGUGUGGAGUAUUUUGUGGGUGUUUGCGUUCCAGACUCUUGUACAGAAUCCGAAGUCCAGACGCUAGUUGUUUAUGAUGCAUUUGAUCAGAAACAGAUCUCUUUACUUCCUCCUGUGCCUUCAAUCCUAAUGCUGGAUUCCACGCUUGGUGUAUUCAUGACUCGGUGCCUCAGUGAUUCUCCUCAUGCAGACCUAUCUGCCAUAGUCUGUCUGUGUGUGUGUUGUGCGUUAUUGGCGCUUCCACUCAUAGCUUCCAUCUGUGUUGCGGUGAUAAAAAGGAAGCGAAUGAGAGAGGUGAGGACAGGGCUGGGUUUCGCUCAUACCUCAAACACCAACCAAUACGGCACUCUCUUGACUAAUGGUUCAGCCAAUCAGAGUAAAGAGAGCAAUGCUGCCCCAGAUACCACACAGACAAGGGACCAAAAUGCAGAAAAUGACCCGCAGACCCGCAUCUCAAAGACUGUGUUAUCGUGCCUUCAGGCGCUCUCGGUACAGAAUAGCAGUCAGGGGUUACUAGCCACAGAAAGCUCUGGAAGCAGUUACUCCUCUCUGAAUGGCAUCCGUAUCCUCAGUUUACUCUGGAUCAUCUCAGGCCACACCGUGCAGCUGAGCGCCUGGAGUAACCUGGAUAAUGAUAAGAGGUGGAAGGAAAUGGUUGAGAGGAACCCUCUGUAUGUCUUUGCCUUCAGUGGGCCAGUGUAUCUAGCGGUUGACUCUUUUCUGCUGCUGGGUGGUCUUUUGAGUGCCAAAUCACUGCUGAGCUCCAUCCAGAGGUCAGAUAACACGCUUAGCUUCAGUCUGGUGGCUCAUUUCCUCUUCAAGCGGUUCAAGCGGAUUCAACCUCUCCACCUCUUCAUCGUGUGCUUGACCAUUGGACUCUUCUCCAUCGUUCAGAGGGGGGUCUUCUGGUUCAUAGCAGAGGAUGAGGUCUACAGCUGUAAGAAAUACUGGUGGUCCAACCUGCUCCUCGUCAACAACCUCUUCACUAUCACAGACAUUUGUGCACCAUGGACAUGGUAUCUCUCCAUUGACUUCCAGUUCUAUGCAACAACACCUUUUCUGAUAUUCCUGUACAGAAUAAACAAAAGUGUGCUUGUCGUUGUGUCGGUCGUUCUCCUAAUAAUCUCCAGUGUAACAGGAGCCCUGAUCACCGGUUUGUUGCAUCUCCCUGUGCACCAGCCAACCACACUGGCAUACGAAAGCUAUUUUCAGUAUUACUACAACAAACCCUACACAAGAUAUGGGCCGUAUCUACUGGGCAUUCUUGCCGGAAUAUACAUGACAACCAAGAAAGAGACACUUAUAAAACAACAGUGGCAGGCAGUCAUGGGUUGGCUCUGUUCGCUGUCAGUCAUGGCCCUCUUGGUGGGAUUGGCCUAUGUGCUGAGAGAGGUCCCGCCCUAUCUGUCCCUGACCCAUGCUGUUUAUCAGGGGACGCACCGCUCACUUUGGGCCCUGGCUUUGGUCUGGAUCAUCCUGGCCUGCGAGGAAGGAUACGGAGGGUUUGUGGAUAAAAUUCUGUCUUUAGGCCUGUGGGCUCCUCUGUCUAACAUCAGCUUCGCCUGUUAUCUGAUCCACCCAGUCAUUAUUAUACUGUACAACGGCAAACAAGAGACUGCCAUGCACUAUACAGACUUCAACUUUUUCUACCUGUUUCUUGGUCACCUGCUGUUGACAGUCUCUGUAGGUUACGUGUUAACUGUGCUAAUUGAAAAGCCGUAUCUCUUCCUGCCAAAACGAUAAGUCCUGCUUCAUUCCAUCAAGACUGGAAGGUGAAGAGAAGAUUUAAAUAUAUUUAUAUAUUUCAGAGAAACAAGAUGUUUUAAGUACAGUAUAUUUAUUAAUUCAUUGUCCCCUAUUUUCUCAAUCGAUUCUGUUUAAAAGCUGUAGAUUGCUGUUUAUGAAUCGUGUUAGAGAGCUUUGGUGUUGUUUUUGUGAAUGCAUUAAAUGAAUGAAUUGAUUUACAGAA